CAAUCAAACAAGUGUAAUUUUUGAACAACAAUCUCAAUUUGCCUCUCUCAUCGGCGGCGGCGGCGGCGGCGGCGAAGAUGAUGCACAUGACCUUCUACUGGGGCAAAAACGUCACCGUUUUGUUCGAUUUCUGGAAAACCGAUUCCUGGACCAGCUACGCCCUCACCUUGUUCGUCUCCUUCCUCUUCUCCGUCUUCUACCAGUACAUGGAGGACCGCCGUCUCCGAUUCAGGAUUGCCGGAUCCUCCUCCUCACCCGGAAGCAACAAGGCGAAUCCGGCGGACGCUCCUCUGAUCCGAUCCGCCGGCGGCCGCCGGGUCUCGGCGGCGAGAAUGACAGGAGCUCUGCUUUUCGGGAUAAGUUCGGCCGUCGGAUACCUCCUGAUGCUGGCCAUCAUGUCUUUCAACGCCGGCGUAUUCAUCGCCGUCGUCGUCGGCCUCGCCGUCGGGUACCUGUUUUUCCGGAGCGGCGGAGACGAUGACUUGGUGGUGGUGGGUAAUUCGUGCGCUUGUGCUUAAGUCAAGACGAUUCCGUAUUUAAGGAACUGAUUUUUCAUUUCUUGUUGGUAUGGCUAUUCCACCAUUCCCGCCUCUUCGUAUCUGCCUGCGUUAAAGUUACUCCAUAUAGACAAAAACAAAAUUCUGCCUAUAUAAUUUGUUCAAAUGCAAAAUUAGGAUAUUUAAUACUCCACAGAAAUUUUUGUUUAUUUCUACGUUUUUAUUAGUUAUUUGAUAAAAUAAAAUAUUUUGGAUACU